GUUCCGCCGGCGGCAGCGGCGGGUGGGAUGGCCCAGGCCAGGAUCAGCGCCAAGGCCAGCGAGGGGGCGCAGCAGCAGCCGCAGCCGCAGCAGCAGCAGUCGGGCGGGCAGCUCCGCGGCCGCUUCUACCGCUCCACCUCCAUGGCCGACCGCUCCAGCCGCCUGCUCGAGAACCUGGACCAGCUGGAGCUCAGGGUAGAGGCUUUCCGUGAUGCAGCAUCUGCCAUGGAACAAGAGAAAGAAAUUCUGCUUGAAAUGAUCCACAAUAUACAGAACAGCCAGGAUAUGAGGCACAUCAGUGAAGGUGAGAGAGAAGAACUCAAUUUGACUGCGAAUCGCCUGAUGGGCCGAACCCUCACGGUGGAGGUUUCCGUAGAAACCAUCCGCAACGCGCAGCAGCAGGAGUCCCUGCUGCACGCCACCAAGAUGAUCGAUGAGAUCGUCAACAAACUCCUCGACGAUUUGGAAGACGCCAAAAUGCGCCUCAUGUCGCUUUACGGCGCGUGCACGUCCGACGUGCCGGCGGGACCCAUCGAUCAGAAAUUCCAGUCCGUGGUCAUCGGAUGUGCCAUCGAGGAUCAGAAGAAAAUCAAAAGGCGCCUAGAGACUCUGCUCAGAAACUUGGAAAAUUCUGAAAAGUCCAUCACAUUGCUGGAGCAUCAGAAAUCAUCUGUCCGGCAGUCUUGCAACAGCAAACAGGAUUAACGUAUCCUCCCGGCUACUUCCGGCAAACCACAGGAUGAGCAAGUGCCCAUAAAAAGCACACAGAAGCCAAGACAAGAAUUCUCUGUACGAGCACACACGUAUAUACACAUCCACACCCACCAAAGUAUCUUUGAUUGCCAGGUGCAAGCAUUUAAUGGGUUUUAGUAGCAUUGGCAUUUUCUUUUGGCAGUAAGGAACGCUAUCAGUUCUUCUGUAGAGUUGAUACUGCUCUGUUGCAAAUUGUAAUUGUGCUUCUGCUGAACUGACAGAAACUGAAAAUCUAGCCUUUCCUCCAUUCUCCUGGGUUUUUUAAACUAAAGUUGUUUUGUCCUAUCAUGAGAUUUCAGCUUUUCUCUGCUGUAUACAUAGUGUGUGAACUGGACUUUUGGGGACAAAAGACAAAAUAUGGCAAUAAAUCAAAAGAAUUAAUAAACUGUUUAUGGUAUUUUCAUAAACAACACAGUGUCCUACUCAUUACCAUUUAUAAUUUUGCACUUUUUAAAUACUUUGAAUAAACUGAUCACAGAACUUUCUAGAGAUAGCUACCUCCAGUUUGUAACUGAGGAAGGUAAAAGCAGUAUGUGUGUCCCAGGGAUCACCAGCCAGGCUAGAAAUGACCUGACUCUCAAAAUCCCCCCACCAUGCCUGGUGAACCAUUCUGCUCCCACAAGCUCAUUGUACCGUUGAUUGUGAUUGAUGUGUUUUCUAAAAGAUAAUAGAAAGGGGAAUUGUAUGUCAGCUACUACUCCACUUUUGCAUCAUCUCUGAAGCCACAGAGCAAAACAUUUUGACUUCUCACCAGGCAAACACUGUAUCUGUGACUUGUGUAGGAAGGUACUUUGUACAUCCAUCGUUAUUCACCUCUUUGUGUGAGUGGUUUUUGGUUUGUUUUUUUAUCUUCCACCCUCUCACUCACAGUAACU